AUGAAGUACACCCGCAUGGCCAUCGAGAUCGAAUCCCCUGAGGAAUACGGCUACGAAAAGAUUAAAUACAAUCUCUCCGAGAGUUCCAUCGCAGACCAAACUCUAGGGUCCCUGGGUCUCCAAAUCCCCGAUCUGAAGCUCCUUUACAACGAGCACAAGGGCAGCACAGGGCUCCGCUCCCUCGUCGUGAAAGACCACGAUAACCUCACCCACGAUGAUGUGCUCAUUACAUCCGGCGCGGCGGGCGCUCUCUUUAUCAUCUCGAGCUCCCAGCUGGCACCGACCGACCACCUCGUUGUUGUUCGUCCAAACUACGCUACGAAUCUUGAGACACCACGUGCAAUUGGGUGUGAGAUCACGUUCAUCGAUCUAUCCUUUGAUCUUGGAUUUCAGAUCGACAUUGCCGCAGUUGAGGCUGCUAUAAAGCCAAACACCAAGAUCAUUAGCAUUACCACACCCCACAACCCUACUGGUACUGUUGUGAACCGUGACACACUGGGCAGACUCGUCUCCUUGACCGAGGAGAGGGGAAUCAUCUUGCUAGUCGACGAAACCUACGCCGAUAUUGCGUACCAAGGACGUCUUCCGAUUGCUGCAUCUCUCGGUGACCAUGUCAUCAGCGUUUCAUCGCUGUCCAAAUCCUUCGGGAUCCCUGGUAUCCGGCUAGGAUGGAUUAUCAACAAGAAUCCCAAGCUGCAGGAGACGUUCUUGGCCGCCAAAGAACAGAUCAGUAUCAGCGGUAGUGUCAUCGACGAGUGGAUCGCUGAACAGGUUCUCUCGCACAAGGAUGAGAUCUUGAGUGCUACCACUAAGGACAUGGACCAGCGUCGCCAGAUUGUGGCGGAUUGGAUGCAAAAGGAAGGGGAGUUGGUUGAAUGGGUGAGGCCAGAGGGGGGCGUUGUUUGCUUUCCUCGUGUGAAGAAAGAGCCUGCGGGUGGUAUGGAUGCUUUUUAUCAUCGGUUGCUCCAUAAAUAUGGGACUUAUGUCGGGCCUGGUCAUUGGUUUGAGCAGUCGGAUGCUUUCAUGCGUAUUGGAUAUGGAUGGCCGAGUGUGGAGGAGCUUAAGGGUGGACUUGAGGCUAUUUCUAUGGCGCUUCGUGAAGAGCAUUAG